AUAAAAUCUGGUAAACGUUGUGCCUAUACAUUCAGUCAGUCAGUUGUGUUCCAAAGCGUACACAUAGUAUAAUACUUGGAUAAUCCUUCGCAUUCGUUAGCCCAACAGUAAAAAAAAAAAAUUCAAAAUGUGUGACGAUGAGGUUGCUGCUUUAGUCGUUGAUAAUGGCUCUGGUAUGUGCAAAGCCGGUUUCGCUGGUGAUGAUGCUCCGCGUGCCGUGUUUCCCUCAAUUGUAGGUCGCCCCCGCCAUCAAGGCGUAAUGGUUGGUAUGGGCCAAAAGGAUUCGUACGUUGGCGAUGAAGCUCAAUCCAAGAGAGGUAUCUUGACCCUUAAAUAUCCCAUCGAACAUGGUAUUAUUACCAAUUGGGAUGAUAUGGAGAAAAUCUGGCAUCACACAUUCUAUAAUGAAUUACGUGUUGCUCCCGAAGAACAUCCCGUCUUGUUGACGGAAGCACCCCUCAAUCCAAAAGCUAAUCGUGAGAAGAUGACACAAAUCAUGUUCGAAACUUUUAACUCUCCUGCCAUGUAUGUCGCCAUUCAGGCUGUACUCUCUCUUUACGCUUCCGGUCGUACAACUGGUAUUGUAUUGGACUCUGGUGAUGGUGUUUCACACACUGUACCCAUCUACGAAGGCUAUGCUUUGCCCCACGCUAUCCUCCGUUUGGAUUUGGCUGGUCGUGAUUUAACCGAUUAUUUAAUGAAGAUACUGACUGAACGUGGCUACUCGUUCACUACAACCGCUGAACGCGAAAUUGUGCGUGACAUCAAGGAGAAAUUGUGUUAUGUUGCUUUGGACUUUGAACAAGAAAUGGCUACUGCAGCUGCCUCUACCUCUUUAGAGAAAUCUUAUGAACUCCCUGACGGUCAAGUCAUCACCAUUGGUAAUGAACGUUUCCGUUGCCCUGAAUCGCUCUUCCAGCCUUCAUUCUUGGGUAUGGAAUCUUGCGGCAUUCACGAAACCGUUUACAACUCAAUUAUGAAGUGCGAUGUUGAUAUCCGCAAAGACUUGUAUGCCAAUAUUGUCAUGUCUGGCGGUACUACCAUGUAUCCCGGUAUUGCUGAUCGCAUGCAAAAGGAAAUUACUGCUUUGGCUCCUUCAACCAUCAAGAUUAAGAUCAUUGCUCCCCCCGAACGUAAAUACUCCGUCUGGAUUGGUGGUUCCAUUUUGGCUUCCCUCUCCACCUUUCAACAGAUGUGGAUCUCCAAGGAAGAAUACGAUGAAUCUGGUCCCGGUAUUGUUCACCGCAAAUGCUUCUAAGCCCAUUAGACAGCCCGCCGCAACAAACGAUGUUUCUUUGGUUCUAGAUAUUAUUUUUAUGACUGAAUAUACACUUUAUGUCCCAGUUCCCUUAAUGUUUACCACCGUUCAACUUGUUUUGUCAGAAAUUUGUGUUCUCUUGAUAUCUACGACACCCGUGAAGUUUCUUUUUUGUUUAUUUGUUCGCUUGUGUG